UUUACUUAAGGUCUGCUGUAGGUUGAAAACAACACAAUCCGGUUGAAAUUAGAAGACUUUGGUGACUGAUUAGUUCAAACAGAUUCGUCAUUUUCCCCUGCAACCAGAGAGAAAUCAAGAUGACGCAUAACGAAGAGAGGGCUCACUGGGUAAAGGAAGGCGCCAUUGGUUUAGGGGUUGGAGUUUUGUAUGGUCUCACCAACACAUGUGUGGGUCAUCCAUUUGAUACAAUCAAAACAAAAAUGCAAGGGCAGGUCGGCUAUGAGAAAACCAACAUGUUCCAGACACUAGGGAAGACACUGCGCACACAAGGUGUAAUCGGCUUGUACAGGGGCUGUAUACCACCUCUCUGGGGAUCAGGAAUCUAUAGAUCAUCUCAGUUUGCUGUGUUUGAAGCUAUGUAUACAUACUUUGAUUCCCCUGUAGGCCGCUAUGAAAUUCCAGGACUAGCUGGAUUGCAGUUGAGAGUUGUGGGUGCUGGUGUCAUAGCGUCCACUUCCCGAGCCAUCAUAGAAACACCCCUUGAGUAUGCAAAGGUGAGACGCCAGACACAACAAACAUGGCAGCUCCGAAAGGUGUACACUGGCUUUGGAGUGACAUGGGCUAGAACCAUCGGUCUGAUGACUACCUACUUCAUGUUGGUGGAUUCUAUCCGUCGACAUUUCCCAGAUCUCUUCAAGCAGCCGAUUCUCGGCCCCUUCCUCACGUCUGGUUUGGCUGCCACAGCAGCAUGGUGGAUUGUUUGGCCACUUGAGUACAUGAAAUGUCAGAUCCAGGCUGACUACGGAAAUAAAAUGCCGGUCUGGCAGAGGAUGAGGUUCAUAGUAAGAGAGAGGGGUGGAUUCUUUGCCCUUUACCGUGGAAUCAUGCCUGGCACCAUCCGUAGCUUUCUGGCCAAUGGAACGAGCAUGAUUGUGAUGUCAUACGCACAGAAAAAAGUCUCUGAAAUGGGACUACGUGACUCCUGAAGUAGGUCACUGUGACCUUGUUUCUGCCAACCAGUUUUUACUAUGUCAUGAGGAUUAAUUAUCUCAAGUGACUUAUUUUAUAUACCAAGGUAAUCAAAAAUUUGUUUGAUUGAGGAAUGAGAUGGCAACAAACUUCUAACAUUCCUCGUUACAUCUGUAUGGUAAACUAGUGGAAUAACACUGAAAAUAGUUUACUAAAGACAACUGUACUACUCCACACGGAGAGCAACAUGCCACAUCGCAAUAUUUUCCCCCAAAUCAAGGAUUAAGUUUAUGAAAACAAUAGUCUUUUUAUCUAAUUUUCAUUGUUACAAAAUAUAUUGAGAUUCUCAUGCCUUCUUAUAUU